AAGUGUUCCAGCCUUUAACGUUUUCGAACAGGAUGAAAACCGUAAGCAUCAGUGUCCAGUAGAGAGUCAUUUCGGUGGAUGUAGACUCCCUCAGCAUCUGCUCCGAGGUUCUGUCAAAGUGAAGGAGGUGUUUACUCUAUGAACCGUUAAAGUUCUCCUCCUCCUGCAGCCUUCCGUUUGAGGUUAAGGAAGCAAUGCCUCAAGACUUAGAUUUAUUGCCUGUGAGUCAUGAAGUAAAAGUGAUGUACUUGCUUCGGUGUUAUUUUUAAUUAAAUGCUGUUUCUGAAAUCACCGUGGAAGGUACCGACAGGUACAAUGAUAAUAAACCAUAAAUGGCUAUGUCAUGGUAUAGUUAUAUUUAAUAAUAAUCAUAAGAAAACUGCAUCCUUUAUAUUAGCACAGAGUUCCAUCUACUGGCCAUGGAUGGAAAUGCUUCUAAAAGCAAACUUUUUGACAGCAUUCUUUUAAAAACAUUCUCUGGCACCAUAUUAUAUUAUGAUCUUAUUAGUCAAUAUAAUCAAAUCACAAUCAAUUAACACACUCUUCAGUCAAAACAGCUCUUUAGAUCGAAAUCAAUCUCUAAAUUCUCAGAAUGUUUAUUUCAAGAUUUUGUUGCUUUGUUAUUUAGGGAUUAUAUUUAAUAUUAAUGUUUAAAUUAAAUGUAAUGUUUACAUCAUUAAUCAUUCAAUUAAACUAAAUAUUUAAUAUUUAGGAUUUAGAUUAUUUUCGUUUAGUGUGCAAUUAUCGUGUAUGCAAUUAUCUUUAACAAAUUAUAAAUGUUUAAUUUAUACGUCUGUUUUUUACAUUUUAAUUAUUAUUAAUUUUGCGUAAUUACGACUUUAUUUAUUUUUAAUUUAAUUUUAUAUAAAAAUAAAAACCUUUGUCCCUUUUAUUUUCCCUGCUACUUCACCUUAUUUAUUGUGGUUAGGCCUAAUAAAUAUCUGUUAAACUCAAGUACACGCUGCGGUAAUGCCAUGCCAAUAUAGGUUUGUUUACUGAUUAUGAAUAUCCUUGGUUAAAAUCAUGCGCGUUUAUUUUAGUGUUUGGUGUUGGCUCAGUGGUUCUUCACCCACGUCACGAAGCCGCCCACGGUCCCACCGUGGCCCGUCCCAUCUCCAAUCCCCUCCGUCCAGAAGCAUUGUUGAACAAAUCCAUAGAAAAAGAAGCGAGUGCCGCUGCAUCACUACCUACUCAAAGUGGGCCGCGUGUGGGCGUGGCUUAGCGAUCAAAAAGUUGAUUCUGAUUGGUCAGGCAUAUAGGGGACUUAAAAAUAAUUAUCCAGUUUUACCUCUUCACUCUUUAUUUCCAACUAAGUAGCUAUUACAUUUGUUCAGUAUCAUUAUUCACGUAUAAAUUAUUGUGCACACUGCUGCUAAAGAAUCCGCGGAUAACCUUGUCACAUGGUACCUGUUACUUUUCUCAGCGCUGUUCGAGGUGAACUAAUCACUUGUGCUUGUGAUUAACGGAAACGGCGUUGCAUUUAAUAAUAUUACAAACAGUGCUCAGGCGAAUUUCCAUUUACUUGUCAGGUAUUAAAUCAGUGCCAUUAAUAGAUUUAAACGAUUAUAUUCACUAGCAUGCAAAUGUCUUUAAUAAGACAAAAACAUGCUGAGAUCUGAACGCGGAGGACGCGGUCAUGAGCCGACAGUCGCCCCCUGAAGGAAAGACGGGUUUUUGUCGCAAAAUGAACGGUUAGUAGAGCGCUUCGAUCCAAUUCAGGAGCGAUUCUGGGAAUCCGGUUCGGUUCCCCCAGUUUAGACACCCGUCUGGAAGGCCAUGUGCUGCCAUUAAAUCAAACGCUCAUUUAAUGAAUAUAACCGAGUGAUUUCGAAGACGUAAGGAUACCAAAACAUCAAGGUGUGAGUUCUGUUCUCCAGAUCUCGUGUAUUCUGCUUUUCCUGUAAGCGGUUCCAGUUUGGUCAGUAUGCAGGGCUGGGUGACUCUGGCUCUGUUGCUGAGCCUCGGGGUCAAACGCUCCCUCGGACAGAAUGGUGUGGGUGAACUUCCUGUGCCUCGUGGUUUAACCCUAAAUCCUGAUUUACCUGCACAGACUCUGUCUUUGACAUGGCAGAGUGACUCAUCGCUUUUUGACCUUGAGAUUUUCCACACCGAGCUCAUGAAUGUGGUGCUAAAUGAGACAGUGGCAGUUAAAGCAGAUGCUGUAACAGGACUGCAUAGUUGGACCUGGCACUCACCCUUACCCUUGGAGUGCACUUCUCAUUCUGUGCGCAUCAGAGCACGAAACCAGCAGUCGGUCGGCCAGUGGAGCCCCCUUCAGACCAUUCCAGGGUCAGAUAUUCCUGAGAAGUCUGAGUCUUACAUGUUUCCCCAAGAUAAAGUGGUUCCUGUGGGCAGUAACAUGACCUUCUGCUGCAUUGUUAAGGAGAAGGAAGAUUUCAAAGACAUGAUUUACAGGCGUCAGGAGAUGAGCGCCACACGACUGAGCAGAAGAACGUAUGCCAUCACAGUAACCAACCAGCCAGCAUCGGGCAACACGGGCACCAACGUGAUCUGCUCUUCCCAAAGGUCGACCCUCACAGGAGCUGUGGUGUUUGUAGGCUAUCCGCCGGGCGAUGAGGGCUUGGUCUGCGAGACGAGGGACCUGGCAUCCGCAGAAUGUUCUUGGAAGAAAGGACGAGACACUCACUUGAGAACGAAGCGCAGCCGCACUAAAUACACCCUUAAUGGAAGGGACUGUUUGGAGGCUAAUGAAAGGAAGACAUGGUGGUGUAGCUCGAAGGUCUGGGAGGAGAGCUGGAGUCUGUUGGCUCGAAAUCCUCUUGAAACAGUCCAGCUCACCGACUCGGCCCAACUCACUGACCGCGUACAUCUGUUGGCUCCAGUGAAUGUGACAGCGGUUGAAGUCAAGGCGUGGAGCGCCACACUGCGGUGGAGCUGGUCUGUGGCGGCGUAUAAAAAGCUAGAGAUGGUCUGCCAGCUGCAGCUCUUCGCCCAUGAACUUUCCAGCACACGUAACUACAGUAGUCCUGGUUUAUCUUCUGUGGAGCUGGAGGGUUUGUGGCCAGAUCUGGACUACACUGUGACUUUGCGCUGCGGCUCUAAGCACAGUUUCUGGAAGUGGGGGGAUGAGAGCGCCCCCUACAGGAUCCACACUAAAAUGGACCGUCCUGAUGCUCUUGAUGUCUGGAUCUGGAUGGACAGCAGUAACACAAGACGUGUUUUUUGGAAACCUCUGUCUUUGAGAAAAAGUCACGGUGCAUUAAUCGGCUACGAGGUUUCUCAGAACUCAGCGGAGGAAGACGGGUGGACACGGGUUUUUCUUCCUCCUGGGAACUUCAGCUAUCCCAUCAUCCUUAACAACAGCAGUGACAUCACCGUUGCCGUGGCAGCGCGAAACCCAGCUGGUCUCUCUCAGCCUUCCACUGUGACCACACCAGCAUACAGAGCAGAUUCCCAGCUGUCUGUGUCUGAGCUGCUCGCCAUAAAUGGAUCCUUUCACCUCUCCUGGCAGCCUAAUGCCAAUGCGAGCAGCGGGUACGCUGUGGAGUGGGUGCCGACCGGCUGCAGUGGACUGUGCCCCGUUGACUGGAAGAAAGUUCCAGAAUCAGACAGCAGCUUCUCAGUGAACUCAGACUCUCUGGUGGCAGGAGUGAGGUACACCGUAUCCGUGUACUCCCUCUCUACCGGCGCUCCUACGCUGCUGCAGAGAUGGCAGGGAUACUCGCAGGAAAUGGUUCCUUCACAGUCGGUUAGUGAUCUGUCGGCCAAUCAGACUGGCUCUGAUGUGCUGCUGUCUUGGAAAGACACUGCAAUGGAACACCAGAGAGGUUUCAUCCGCGGAUACACCGUCUACCUGGCAAAUGCUGCACAUCUGGAUCUCAUUGCUAAUAUCUCUGAUCCUGAAGUGCAGUCGUACAGGGUGAAGGGUUUGUCUCUGAGCUUGUUUAAGUUCGUAGUGAAGGCCUACACCUCAGCUGGGGAGGAUGCGGGGUCGACUGUGGCCAUUAAAGUGGAGAUGGACACUGCCAUCAUGUUGUUUAUUGGCAUUCUUGUGCCGUUGGGAAUCAUGUUCUGCUGUCUCAUCCUCGUCAGCAUCUGCUGCUACAAGAAGAGAGAGUGGGUAAAGAAAGCUUUCUAUCCUGAAAUCCCUGGACCUAAAGUAUCUGGAGACUGGUCCUCCCCACGGGGUCCUCUGGAUGUGAAGCCCUCUCCUCACAGUGUGGUCCACAUUGUGGAGAGUCCGGGGUGGGAUUUCACUAAGGAAGGUCUGUUCCCGGUCCCAGAGGAAGAGGAGGAGUCUGAGAACGACAACAUCGAGGUCGACACUGACUCGGAUGAACCGGCCCUGCUGAGAUACUACAACCAGGUGGUCGGUGAUGGCUCACACAGUAACCACGUCUCAGACUCCUCCGGCUCCUCGACCGCCUCGGUGGGCUCCACGCAGACUGAAAUCACCUACGCAGGCAUCCAGAGCCCCACCUCCUCGCAGGGGGCGUGCGGUGGCGGAGGUUACAGGCCUCAAAUGCAGUCUGUUGCAGCACCGGCCGAGCCCCAAAUCGAAUUUGGGGACGACUUCCAAGAUGAUGCAUUGAAUACAGGCUACAAACCCCAGUGUUCCUGGCAGAUGGAUUCUCCAGAGGCGGAAAACUUUAGCGGUUCGCUUGGCAGCCCUACGUCGGUCACAUCAUCCCAGUUCCUCAUCCCAGAAUCCUCUGAAGAGAAACCACAGCCUUCAAACACCUGGUUCCACAAUUUUCUCUCUGGAAAAUCUUGAGAACGCACUAGCUUUUAUUUUUCACAUUCGUUUGUGCCGUUCACCUUUAGGAGGAUGUUUUCGGUUCAUUUUAGGGUUUGUGCCCUUACUGGAAAUCGCUCACAUUUACGUAAUCAACAUCACUACUGUUUCUCAAGGAUUUGUGAUACUGACCAGACAGGUGAAGUACUACUGAAGAGCUAAAGUUGGUCAUAUCUACUCUCGCUCGCUCGGAGCAGUAUGAUGUUUUGCCUUAGGAACGUCACUUCUAGUCAUACGAUAGUGUUCGUGCCUCUUUCUUGCAGUGUUAUUGGAGUGAUCGCAGUAAAUUUUCAUUCUUACAGCAUUAUGUUGUGCGCAACAUUUCACUGCUUUUUUUAGUCCUAAUUUCUUCAGCAGGUUUGCACACAUUUCUCUGUCAGUAAAACAUUAGCAUUUGCAUUUCAAAAGAUCAAAACCAGUGCAUUUAAGGCUUGUUCUCAAAGCUGCACUGCUUUCAGGUGAUUUAAAAAAAAUUGUAUGUAGCUUCAAGCAACAACUUCUCGAGUCGCACGUUGAAUAAGCUGACAGAACAAAAGGAAAAUGGGAGAAACAUUCAUCUGAUUUUUCUUAAACCGUUUGCCAGCUGUUGAAGUGUUUUCAUGAUCUUACAUUAUCAACUUUAAUCUGUGUAAGAUGCAUGUAAACACACUGUUACUGUUAAUCAUGUGAUGCAGUUAGCUAGUUGUGUGUAUUUUUGAUUUGUGUUUGACACUUAGUCAGCAUAACCUGUAGAAAAUUUACCUUUUCUGCUAGGGCUGCACGAUUUUGGGAAUAAAAUAAUUAUAUUGCAGUAUAAUAUUUGUUUCAUUUUAAUUAUAAGGAUUAUUACUAAUGCUACUACUACUACUACUAUUAAAAUAUUAAGAAAAUAACAAAUAUUACUAUUGUAAUAUUUCACUGUAAAAUAAACUAAGAAAAAUAAUAUCAUAUUUUACAAUUGUUACAGUACUAAUAUUUGUCUAAAUUUCUUAAUUUUUUUUUUUAAAGUUAAACCAUCAAGCUUUUCUUUUGGUGGAAAACCAUUAAAGCUUCUGUUUUGUUGACAAGCAGCCUUUUCAAUUUGAUCAUUUCAAUUAAUUUCCCCGAUUAAUUGUGCAGCCCUAUUCUCUACAACAUUUUUCCAAAAAAUCUCUGCUGUUGGUCUAAGACUGAUUCUUUUUUUUUUUUUUUUUUUUUGCUUUCCAAAGGUCAGUGACAUUUAAUGAAUUUGGCAUUAUCCAUACAACAUGUGAAGCACCUUUUAGUUUAUUUCGCACCUGAUGAAUAUGGGACUUAAUACUCCCAGUAUAAACUCAGCUAUGUAUCUAAUCAUAGAUGCAUCUGUCUAGGAUGAUGAUAUGUCUUGUGUCCAGAGAUUGUUAUGGUUUUAAAAUGACCACAGUGCCUCGGGAGCUUAGUUAUUUUUUUAUUUAUCUUUUCUCCCCCACCCCACCCCAAAGAACAGCACCUUCUUUCAGAUCAGUUUCCUUGGAUUAUAGGCCCACAUGGACCACAGGGUAAAUUACUUUAACUGUCCUUACUGACGUCAGAAGAACCUGCUAUUCCUUUAGACUGGACUUUAUUAAUCUAGCAUAUAGAUAUAUGAGAGCUAUGUAUCUAAUGUUACUGUGAAGGCCUUUUUUUCUGAGCACUGUGCAUAUCGCUAGUCCUCCAAAACCUUGUGCAGCAGUCAGAACAACAGAUACAUCACAUCAGGACAACAUGACGCUUGUCACUACAGUGAGAAGGAAUGAUGAAAGUCGACAUGAAAUCAAAAGCGACCCUGUUUAUUUUCUUAAAGGGAUGGUUCACCCAAAAAUGAGUAUUGUC